GAUGACACACCUAAGAAUCUCUUGCCCUUGCUGCAAGGCGCCCAGAAGAGAUAGUGCUUACCAAAAUACGCAGAUUAGUCAUUUUGACUCUAGGCCCAGUAUUAAUGGAACUGGAAAUGGAAAUGGAGCCGGUAGUAACCCCAGUAUUGAAAUGCAUGAAGUUAAGAAUUAUGAAUUCAAAAAUGACCAGUCUAAAAAGCAAAUGGGAAUUUUAAAGCAUUGA